AUGAGGGAUCAACGACGUGUGUCGAGAGACGAGGGAGGCAGCGCCAGCGUCCAGCGGCUGCGUUCGAAGGCCUGUUCGGCAGUGGAGGCGGCUAUAUGCGUGCGGGGAGGCUAUGGCGAAGCGUGCGGUGAGCAAGAAGGGAGACGACGAGCACCCAUUAGUAGCGACCUGGUCGCAGGAGAGAGUGGAAGGAAAAGGAAGUCGGCGAAGCCGGCGUCGAGGUGCGUCCGCCUGUGCCUUCGUCGUGGCCGCGGAGCCAAAAGCCCCAAGAAGCAGCCCCCUCUCCCUAUGCGUGCGGCCUUGGUGUCGUCGGCAUAUGCUGCCGACGAGAGGGGAGAAGGCGGUCGCGGCAGCGGCAGCGGUGUCCUUCCCCUAUCUUCCUGGUGGCGGCGGACCUACGACAUGAUCACGGCGCUCUCAGCACCGGUCAAAUCCGCCGUCGACAAGUCUCAGCUUAUUUCCGAGUUUUGUAAGGUGAGAGGGCCGGUGAAGCAUCAUGUGGAUUCAUAUAAUUACUUCAUCGACCAUGGCAUCAAAAAGAUACUCCAAGCCAAUAAUUUCUUUGUUUGCCGUCACGACCCCAACUUUUAUCUGAGAUACAUUAAUAUUAAAGUUGGGAGGCCAAUUGUCAACGUGGACCAUGCCACGAGGAUGCUUACUCCACAUGAAUGCCGACUCUCAGAUCAAACAUAUGCUGCACCCAUAAUGGUUGAUGUUGAAUACACAACAGCAAAUCAAGCAACUAAGAAUCCUGAAGUUAAGACGCUAGCCAGUUUGGUCAUUGGAAGGAUGCCAAUUAUGCUACGAAGUAGUCGUUGUGUUUUGAGUGGGAAGGAUGAUGUUGAAUUAUCAAAGCUUGGGGAGUGUCCUCUUGAUCCUGGUGGUUACUUCAUUGUUAAAGGAUCUGAGAAGGUGAUUUUGAUACAGGAGCAACUCUAUAAGAAUCAUAUCAUCAUUGACACUAGGAGCAACUCUAUAAGAAUCAUAUCAUCUGUUACCAGUAGCACACAUGAAACAGAAAGCAAAACAAUAUUCUUUAUGGACAAGAGGAAGAUUUAUCUGCAACUCAAUCAAUUUAAUAAGCCGAUUCCUAUCAUGGUGAUCUUAAAGGCUAUGGGAAUGGAGAGUGACCAAGAGAUUGUGCAAAUGGUAGGAAGAGAUCCACGAUACGGAGAUCUUCUCUUUCCGUCAAUUCAGGAAUGUGCAUCUGAGAGAAUUUAUACUCAGCAACAGGCAUUAAAUUUCCUAGAUGGAAAGGUGAUUGUCCCAAAUCAUGGCAACAAAAAGACUAGUCUAGCAAUGGUUAUUCUUCGUGAUGUGUUUCUUGCACAUGUUCCGCUCUACGAGGGUAAUUUCCGUCCUAGAUGGAUAUAUGCAGUAGUUAUGUUAAGAUGUAUGCUAGAUGCAAUUUUGAAUACCGAUACAUUUGAUGAUAAGGAUUAUUUGGGCAACAAACGGCUGGAACUAUCAGGACAGAUGAUUUCUUGGCUCUUCGAGGAUCUGUUUAAAUCAAUGAACACUCGUGUAUUAGAGAUUGUGAACAGGGCAUAUGAAAAGGCUAGCUGCUCCACUCAUGUGGACUUUAUCCCUUUUAUUAGGCGAAAUCAUGACAUCACAUUAGGCUUCGAAAGAUCCAUUUCAACAGGUAAUUGGGAUUUAAAACGGUUUAAAAUGCAUCGAAAAGGAGUAUCUCAGGUUGUUUCAAGAUUAUCAUAUAUAGCAGUGUUAGGCCACAUGACCCGAAUAUCUCCACAGUUUGAGAAGACAAGGAAAGCAAGUGGGCCAAGGGCAUUGCACCCAAGUCAAUGGGGUAUGCUUUGCCCAUGCGACACUCCUGAAGGAGAAGGUUGUGGGUUGACAAAAAACUUAGCUUUGUUGGCACAUAUUACAACUGACGAGGAGAACGGUCGACUGAUUUCUCUGUGUUACACUCUAGGUGUUGAAGAUUUAGCACUUUUAUCUGGCGAGGAGCUUCACUUACCAGGAUCUUUCUUGGUUAUGUUUAAUGGGCUUAUACUUGGAAAACAUAGACAACCAAAGCUAUUUGCUGAUAACAUGAGAAAGCUCCGUAGACGUGGUAGAAUUGGGGAGUUUGUUAGCAUUUUUGUGAAUGAAGUGCAGCAUUGUGUUUAUAUUGCCUCGGAUAGUGGCCGGGUUUGUCGUCCAUUAGUUAUUGCUGACAGAGGCAUAUCAAGAAUCAAGGAUUGUCACAUGAAAGAAUUACAGCUUGGAAUUCGUACUUUUGAUGAUUUUCUACGUGAUGGAUUGGUUGAAUAUCUCGAUGUCAAUGAAGAGAACAAUGCAUUGAUCGCAUUGCAUGAAUGUGAAAAUAACAUGGAUGAUCCUGAAAAGAAAAAGGGUGAUAUAACCCACAUAGAGAUUGAGCCAUUGGCAAUUUUUGGUGUUUGUGCUGGUUUAAUUCCUUAUCCUCACCACAACCAUUCUCUAUAUAGUACUUACCAGUGUGCAAUGGGGAAACAAGCUAUGGGUAAUAUUGCUUACAAUCAGCUUUAUCGAGCGGAUACUUUGCUUAAUUUGUUGGUGUAUCCCCAACGCCCAUUGCUGACAACAACAACAAUUGAACUGGUCGGAUAUGAUAAGCUAGGAGCUGGGCAGAAUGCAAUUGUUGCUGUUAUGAGUUACAGUGGCUAUGAUAUUGGGGGUGCUAUUGUCAUGAACAAGUCAUCUCUUGAUCGUGGUUUUGGCCGUUGUAUAGUAAUGAAAAAGUAUUCGGUAAUAAAAGAGAUCUAUGGUAAAGAUACCAUAGACAGAACAGUUAAGCCAAGGAAGGAUAAACCAAGCAUGCAGAUAUUAGAUGAUGAUGGAAUUGCUGCUCCUGGGGAGAUAAUUCGGAACAAUGACAUUUAUGUCAACAAAAAAACUCCAAUAAAUACAAGGGAGAGAACUGAUGAUCGAACGGGUUUAAAAGAUGAAGAGUACCGAAAAACACCUGCAGUGUACAAAGGCCCUGAAGGUGAAACUUCUGUGGUUGAUCGCGUGAUACUUUACUCAGAUACUAAUAACAAGUUAUGCAUCAAAUGUAUCAUCCGCCACACUCGGAGGCCAGAGAUAGGGGAUAAAUUUAGUAGCAGACAUGGUCAAAAAGGUGUUUGUGGUGUCAUAGUUCAGCAGGAAGAUUUGCCAUUUUUGGAGCGUGGGGUAUGCCCCGAUUUAAUUAUAAAUCCACAUGAAUUUAUUAGUGGGAUGACACUGGGCAAAAUGUUUGAGCUUAUUGGUGGAAAAGCUGGAGUUUCUUGUGGCCGAUUUCAUUAUGGUGAUGCAUUUGAAGAACCUAGUGUCCAUGCUGAUAAGGUUGAAGACAUAAGCAAUACACUUGCGAAGCAUGGAUUUAGCUAUAGCGGCAAAGAUUUCCUCUACUCAGGCAUUACAGGCUGGCUAUUACAAGCAUACAUUUUCAUGGGGCCAAUCUACUAUCAGAAGUUGAAACAUAUGGUAAUUGAUAAAAUGCAUGCUCGCGCUACAGGGCCUCAUGUGUUACUGACUAGACAACCUACUGCAGGAAGAAGCCAAGAUGGAGGUCUGCGUCUAGGAGAAAUGGAACGUGACUGUUUGAUAGCACAUGGUGUGAGUAUGGUGAUAUUUGAACGUUUGAUGUUGUCCAGUGACCCAUACGAAGUUCAGGUCUGCAGGCAGUGUGGCCUGUUAGGGUACUAUAAUUACAAGUCGGAGAUAGGCACUUGUUCAAUGUGCAAAAAAAGUGGCGACAAUAUGAGCACUGUCAAAAUUCCAUACGCCACCAAGCUUCUAAUCCAGGAGUUGCAGUCGAUGAACAUUGCUCCACGUUUGAAAUUAGAUGAAGCAUGAGUACAAGUGGAUGUACUUAAAGCAUCAUCGAAGAGGACAGCAUGGAUAUGAAGCUAGACUAAUUCAAGCUCAGAAAUAGGUGCCUGCAAGAAUAUAAGAAUGAUAGUUUUGUAAAGAUUUAAAUGUUCGACCUUUUCCAUGUUAUUAUAAUCGGAAUCCAUUAGAUACACAAAUUUCUUUUAGAAGAGAAGGGCAAAGCUGAAUCUUGUUUUGUUGCCAGUGCUUUCUUGCCAGCUUGCCAGUUUUAACAGCCAACUAUUGCUUCA